GCUCCAGCUUGUCGGGUGUUUGACUUGUUGGAUUUUUUUAAUUUAAAUUUUUUUUAAUACAUUUUUUAAAGUGAGAUUAGGAAAAGGGAACAAAUAAGAACCGAGGCCCGGAUUUAACCUGCCACCCACACUAACCUAUACUGGUCGCCGCUUCCCCCGUGACGACUAUCUUGGUGUUUGGGUUCCGUUCAGAAAUUCAGUCCGAUGUUGCUACCACUCCACGAGAUCACCGCACCCAGAAACUGCAUGCUCUCUCCCUCGAUUUCUAUCGCUUUACUGCUGAAAGCGUUGGCUAUUGCUAAGAAUGCGUCAGUAAACCCUCCAUAUUAAAUUUUCCAGUUUUACUUACAUAAAAUUGCAUACAUGUUACCAACGAGUUACCGAAGGUUCCUGGUAGCGGAGAGCGUGCCCGGGCUGACUUUACAGACGCACAAUAUUUUGACGUAGUCGGCGUUUGUUGCGACUAUGUGUAUCUGUAAUGUUAUGUAUCAUAUAAAAGUGGAUGCAGUAUUGUGUAAGCGUGCAGUCUAAUUACUAACAGUACCGAGAGAAAGGACACGAAAUGGCGGACUGGAGCCCGAUCGCCAAAGUUUACGAUCCGCUCAAAGCCGGGAGCAUCGACGGGACCGACGUGGAGCCCCACGACCGGGCCGUGUGGAGGGCGAUGUGCACCCGCUACAAGCCAAACAAAGCCGUCGUGGGAGACCCGAUGCUCACACUCUUCGUGGCCCGACUCAACCCGCUGACCACCGAGGAGAAGCUCCACCAGGUCUUUUCCAAAUUCGGAAACAUUAAGCGGCUCCGUCUGGUUCGCGACGUGGUCACGGGGUUUUCCAAGCGCUACGCUUUCGUCGAGUACAAGGAGGAGCGGGCCGUGGUGCGAGCCCGCCGGGACGCCAACAAGCUGGUGGUGGACCAGCAGGAGUUGUUCGUCGACUUCGAGCUGGAGCGAACCCUCAAAGGCUGGAUCCCCAGGCGGCUCGGCGGAGGGUUGGGAGGCAAGAAGGAGUCCGGGCAGCUGCGCUUCGGCGGUAGGGAUAGACCCUUCCGAAAGCCCAUCAACGUCCCGGGCGGAUCCUCCCAGCAGGAGUGGUCGGGUGUCGGUCGCAGAGAGUGGGAGAGGCCCGGAGCGAGAGACCGGGACAACCGCGUUAACCGGGACCGCGGCAGGACCGAAAGUUGGAGCAGGGAGAGGGGGGACAACCGCUACCAAGACAAGAGCAGACACCGAGACAGGAGAUGAAACAUUUGGAAAAAUUGAAUUUUGUUUUGUUUUUUUCCUCUCCUGUGUGGCUGAGCCAGAUGCCUUUAUUUUUCACGGAUUUACCAUUUUUGCUCUACCGUUUUACGUUUAUGUCACAGUACAACAAAUAUUUGCAACAAUGUUUUUACAGACAUAAAAAAAGAAUUAAAUUGGUGUUCAUCUCCACAUCAUUAUUGCUAAUAUUGGAUGCCAAUCGGACUCCUUUGCACGUUUGACUUUGUCUUGUAUAAAUAUAUUAUUUUGUAAUCUUAGUUCCCUAGUACAGUAUUACUUCGAAUUACUGUAACAAUGUACAA